AUGUCAGGCCCAGGAGCGAUAAGCAAAGCUACCAGACUACAAACCAAGAAAGAUCACCAUGCUCGAUCCAACUCGGAAAAGAAUUAUGCUGAGGCUCUAGCAGCUCCCUCGCAGCGCAAGAAACCGAGUAAAGCUUCAACUGGAGUUUUUCUAUCUAACUGCUAUGAGACAAGCGAGGAGGAUGAAGUUACCAUGAAGAGCAUGAGAGGUGAGGGUGAAGAAGACAGCAUGCACGCGGACAUAAUGGCAGCGGUUGAGGCCGAAACUGGGUCAAUUUUGGCCAAAUUCGGUACUGAGGACUUGACCAAAAUAGUACUGAUUACCAUUAAGGCAGCGGUGCCUGCUAUUGUUAAAGCUGUGCAGAAACAACUGGAUCUAUCUGUGGAUAAGAUGAAGGUCAACAACAACAUCCUGGAGUGUAAAUACAAGGAGGAUGAGCUGGAACAAUACAGCCACAAGGAGAACAUCAGAAUCAACGGGAUGGAGGAGCAGAGUGGUGAGGAGAGCGAGGAUCAGCUGAUAGAGAAAGUGUGCAGCCUCACUGCAGCUCCUGGCUCUGACAUGAAAGAGGAGGAUAUCUCUAUGGCGCACCGGCUGGGUGGUGUAAAGAAGCAGGGUAAGAUGCGUCCUGUGAUUGUUAGAUUUUUUAAGGAGAAGAUUGAGGCUGUGAGUUGUGGUGAUGAUCUGGUCACACUGCUGUCUGAGACAGGGAAAGUUCUCUGUGUGGACACAACUCACACUUACAUUCCUAGGCCUGUGGAAGCUAUGUGUAACAUAGUGGUAUCUCAGGUUGCUUGUGGGAGCCAGCAUUCAGUCGCCCUGACCAAAGAUGGUCAGGUGUACACAUGGGGCCAGGACUCCAGGGGCCAGCUGGGUCUGGGGAGGAGGAAGCUCGGCGCCAGUUCACCCCAACACCUUCGAUCUCUGUCAGCGAUACCCCUGGUCCAGAUUGCUGCAGGGGGAGAGCAGAGCUUCGCCCUCUCUGUCUCUGGAGGUGUGUUCGGCUGGGGCAGAAACAACUGUGGACAGCCUGGGCUGGGAGACACAAAAGACAGAAAUACACCGACUCCUGUUCAUUGUCUGAACAUGAAGAAAUCUAUUCACAUCUCCUGUGGAAAGGACCACACUGCUGUUUUGACAAAGACUGGUGCAGUGUUUACAUUUGGCUCCGGUCAGUAUGGACAGCUUGGGCACAACUCAUUCAACGAUGAACUACGACCUUGGCUUGUUGCCGAGUUCUGGGGGGGCAAAGUAGUUAAAGAGGCCUGCUUCAGACAUCACACAUUAGUGUUGACGGACUCAAAGAAGGUCUACUCCUUUGGGUGUGGAGAGCAGGGGCAGCUGGGACAUGGAGAGGAGAGUCAUCCAUCUGUGCCGCUACCUGUUCAACUGCCACAGGACACCACUGAUGAUGCUAAAAUUAGAAACAUCUUCGCAGGAGGAAACUGUUCAUUUGCAACAUGCACAUCUAAUGAUGACAUUCAUGAGGAGUCAAACACUGAUGGUUUCAACAAUGUAACACAGCAUUGUCUCGACAACAUGAUUGACAAAUGGAUCUCUGAAUGUGACUUAAAGUCAUGGAAAAAGAUAAAACAGCAAAUUCACAAGAUGUUUUCCUCUGCAUCCUGUGUGAAUGCAAGCUUUCUUGAGCAAAGUGAGGCGGUCGCUGCUGCUGUACUAAACUUGUCUGCUGACAGCCUGCAGGUCAUAGGGGACUGGUGGUCCUCACUGUCGCCCUUCACCAUGGUUAGACAUGUUAAUGUGUGGAAGCAGGCCCUGUCCAUGAUCCUGUCUUCUGAGUGUGUUCCCCGCAACUCUGGAGUCAGAAAACUGCUGCUAGUCCUCCAGUACAUGUACAAUGCCAACAGCAGGAUUGCAGAACCUCAAAAAAUGCCAGACAGUGAUUUCUGUUUGUCUAUUGAGAAAGACUUUCUUCAGGAGGAUCUAUGGCUUUGGCGUUUGCAGUCAAAAGGCGAGAAUGGGCAUGCUGAGCCGCUUAUCCUCUGUAGCUUUCCAACUGUGAUGGAUCUGGAGUCAAAGAAAUUUGUUUUUGACUUGAAUGUUAAUUACACCAAGGACCUGUUCUUAAAACUGGACGUGAGACGAGCAUCAGUUUUGGAGGACACCUUUAAACAACUAGCUGCUGUUCAUCACAGUCACUACAAGUUUCCGCUUGUGGUAAAAUUUGAUGAUGAUGAUGAUGAUGAUGAUAUACCACUCUACAUGAAAGACUUUUUUUAUGAAGUGUUUCACGAGAUGGUGUCAGCUGACUCUGGGAUGUUCAUGUUCAACGACUCUAAAACGCUGGCAUGGUUCCCCUCCAAACAGCCAAAACAAGAGGACCAGCGAUACUUCCAGUUUGGAGUUCUGUGUGGAUUGGCUUUGUACAACAAGUGCAUCAUACACUUACCCUUCCCACUGGCUCUGUUCAAGAAACUGCUGGGUGUUAAGCCUUCACUGAGCGAUAUGAUAGAGUUCAGCCCAUCUGUUGGAGAGAGUCUGCUGAACAUCCUGGAAGACUAGGAAGAUGAUGUCAUAGAAAACCUCUAUGUGGAUUUUUUUAUCCCCUGGGAUGGGACAAAGGUUGCGCUUGAUCCUGAAAAUCCUGAGAAGCCAGUGACAGUUCAAAAUAAGUAA